UGCAUACUGCAUACUGCAUACUGCAUACUGCAUUUGUUAAUCGAUAGGCAAUAAUGAAAAUUACAUUAUUCUCGAUCUCACAAUGCCUCGUGUGUAAUAAAUCAUAUAAAAGUAGUAAGGUUCUGAAGCAGCCAGAAGGUACAUAACGCAGUUGUGUUUUUAUUGAUGUAUGCGAUGACAAUUAAUAUUAUACGCAUUAGUAAAUAAUUGUACAUUAUAAUAUUAUAAUAAUAGUGCGUCAAGUAGGUAUUUUAAUCUAAUCAAUUUCAUGGCUAUCAAUAGCGAUGAUUCAUUCGUGUAAUAAUUUAAUGCGCUCAACACCGCCGCGUUGGAAUUAAGUAAACAUGUGCAAACUUUCCUUAAAUACUAAAUAACGACGACAUCAAUCUGUUUUGUAGCAUAGAUAAACGUCGAGUGAAAAGAUAACAAACAAACCGCUUAAACUAAUGAUUGAAUAUUUUUUUAUUUUUUUUUUAACAGGGUUAAAUUGCUAAAGCGCGAAAUGUAGAAGUGUGUGCUGUGUGUGUGUGUGUGUGUGUGUGUGUGUGUGUGUGUGUGAACACGUUUCCUAACUGCCACGCUAUUCAUUCAUUUAAAUUAAUAUUGUCCGUUGUUGACGAUCGUCCAAGGCGAACGAGUAAAACGAUAUUUAUGCCAAUUCAGUGACGGUGUGUGUAGUGCGCCUCUCGUAUAUAAUAAUGUUGUGUAUAAGUACCUAUACUAAGUACAAUACUAUGAGUACUAUAUUCAUAAACAGUAGACGCACGAUCGCAUGAAACCACCGGCACACUCACAAUUAUGUCCCCGUGACGGCUCGUACAGCGUUUAUUCGAUCAAUCUGGAUGCGAUUAGUUACGGAUCUUUUUUUUUUUUUCAAAAUCCACCCGAGUCGUGAAAGUCGAUCGUUUGAUAUACUUACCGGACGCAGCGCGAGAAGAUUAAAUAAAGUUCGAUCUGCUAACUGCAGCAGUUACCCCCCGCAUCUUGCCUGUAAGCAACUAGGAGAUGAAACAGCAGUGGAACAUGGUGAUAACCACUACUACCGUGGUAUUAGUCACUGCGGUCGUCCGUUGCGCGGCUGGUUACGACAUACUGGCGAUAUUCCCGUUUAGCGGAAAAAGUCAUUUUCACAUGUUUCGCACUGUUUCGGAAGCCCUGACGGCUCGCGGACACCACCUUACCGUUGUCGGACACUUCCCCAAGACCCCGAAGGAACCCACGAGACCGCAGCAGUCGCAAAAUGGAGACAUCGAUGGCGGUGGCGACGAAGCUCGUGGAUCUGGGUCAUACACUGAUUACAGUCUGUUCGGCUCGAUGCCGGUGUACGAGAACUUCACAACCGACGAGGUGACGGGCAACGGUUACCUGAAAGAGAUGCUGAUGAUCCUGCAGGAUGGUUUGGAUAACUGUGAGGCAGUUUUGUCUUCGGGUCGACUCAGCCAGCUCCUUCAGUCCCGGGCCAAGUUUGAUCUCGUCUUGGUCGAGAUCUUCAACACUGGUUGCUUCGUGUCAAUGGCCAAUCAUUUCGGGGCACCAGUCGUCGGUAUAACUUCGACCAGUCUCUAUCCGUGGUUCGGAGGUAUGGUCGGUGAUGUGGUGAUGCCGUCGUAUGUGCCGGUAAACUUGUUACCGUUCACCAGUCGGAUGAUGUUUGCUGAACGCCUGAUCAACUCCGUGAUUCUGAUAGGGAUGAAAACGUAUUACAAGUUCAAAUACGAACAGGCAGCUCAAGCAAUCGUGGAUAAAUACUUAGGAAAACUGAAUGGUGGUACGGUCUCCGAAUCCCUAGACAACGUGAACGCCAUCAUAGUGAACACACACUUCGUGUUUGGAGACACCCGGCCGCUGCCACCAGGUAUCAUUGAAGUCGGAGGAUGCACGUACAAGAAGCCAAUGCCCUUGCCGGAAGUCUUAGAACGGUACGUGACCGAGGCCCAACGAGGUGUCAUUUACUUUUCGAUGGGCUCCAUAGUGAAAGGCUCGUCCAUACCAGCCACCCAGUCGCUGGCCAUGCUCCGGGUGUUCGGCCGACUGGACGGCUACAGGGUAUUGUGGAAAUGGGAGGACGACCCACCACCGCCGGAAGUCCGGCCAGAAAAUGUCAUGUUCGUUCCUUGGAUGCCUCAGUUUGAUGUACUCAAUCACCCGAACGUCAAAUUGUUUAUAUCGCACGGCGGUCUUAUGGGAAUACUGGACGCUCUUUACUCGGGCGUGCCCAUCGUCGGAAUACCCAUGUUCGCCGACCAGUUUUCAAACAUGAACUUUAUCGUCCAAAACAAUUGCGGUCUGCAAUUGCAACUCGAUCAGAUCGACGAACAGGUCGCCGGUGACACGAUAUCCGCCGUACUCGAUGACGAUAAGUAUGCGAGGAACGCGAAAAGGUUGUCGACACUCUACCGGGACCGUGAUCGGGACCCGCUGGAAAAAGCUGUGUAUUGGGUCGAAUACGUUGCCAGGCAUCGAGCCCACCUGAUGCUUAAGCCGGCCAAUCAAGACUGGUGGUACGAACGGUGUUUGCUAGACGUAGCUGUCGCGGUGAUCGUAGCUGUGGCCACUACGUCAUACAUUGCCAAACGGAUUCUAGCCAAAAGCCGAAGCGCUGUCACUACUGAUCACCACUAGGACCAAACUGAUUACACAAGAAACCAAUAAUGGUCACCAUGUCGAAUACCUUCGCUCAGUACGUGGUUUAUAUAAUAUCCAAACGCAGAGGAAUGUGCAUCGAAUUGCAUAUGUUUUCGUCAUGCAGUGCCAUAGACUGAAGCGGUCUCGUAGGGAAAUUGUCACUUACAUUUCUGCAAUAAGGGAUUUACAAAGUUACUAUGAUACACCUGUGUCAAUAGAUUUAGCGUUUUCCGACCAAUACUUCGACCAAAAAGUACUGUUAUAUUUUAAUUUAUUAACUAUGUAUAUACAAUAAAUUGUAAUUUCCGAUUGUAUUAACUAUUGUACUUCUCUUGUCAGAAAGACGAAAAGCUCAAUUAAAUUGUAUUACAACGGUACAUUAAAAUCAUGUUAUCUAAAACCAU